AUGGAUAAAUCGGCAAGUUUAGAUUCAAUGUCUAAUACGACCCAGAGCAACAAGGUAAACGCAAUUUCAAUAUGUGUCGAAAUAACGAGUUUCUGCAGACGCACCGAAGGAGUGGACAUGGCCCUAAGUGUGGAAAGAAAGCGGAGAGGCCGGACAACAGGGCCACCCCACAGUCAAGGCCAGGGAACGAUCCCCGCAUUAGCCCAGGGGGAGAGGCUCACCACGACAUACUACGGAAAGAGGUCCGUGUAG